AUGGAUCACCGACCGCAGGCAUGGGGCCGACCCAGAGAUGACGUCUACGGCUCCUACGAGGCCUCCUUCAUGCAGUCCAACAACGGCCCCAAGCAGGCCACCCAGCAGCCCAUCGUCACCGGCACGUCGGUAAUAGCCAUCAAGUUCAGCGACGGCGUCGUCAUCGCCGCCGAUAACCUGGCCUCGUACGGCUCCCUCGCGCGCUUCACCGACGUCAAGCGCCUCCGCCCCUUCGCCAACUCCUCCGUCGUCGGCUUCUCGGGCGACGUCUCCGACAUGCAGUACCUCGACCGCCACCUCACCGACCUCGCCCUCAACGAGGCCUACGCCGACACCUCCCCCGACGCCGCCUCCCACCCGCGCCUCAACGCCGCCAACCUCCACCGCUACCUCGCCAAGCUCCUCUACCGCCGCCGCUCCAAGUUCGACCCCCUCUGGAACCACGUCCUCGUCGCGGGCCUCGACGACGCCGGCGCCCCCUUCCUCGCCGCCGCCGACCUCCUCGGCUCCACCUACUCCUCCCCCAGCCUCGCCACCGGCUUCGGCUCCAUGCUCGCCCAGCCCAUCAUGCGCCGCUACGUCCCCGACGAGGAGUCGGCCAAGAAGCUCUCCCGCGAGCAGGCCGUCGACAUCAUCAAGGAGUGCAUGAAGGUCCUCUUCUACCGCGACGCCAGGAGUCUCGACAAGUACUCCAUCGCCGUCGUCACAAAGGACGGCGUCGAGCUCAAGACGGACGAGCAGCUCGAGAAGCAGAGCUGGGCCUUUGCCGAGAGGAUCAAGGGCUACGGUACGCAGACGGUCUAA